CAACAAACAACUAUUCAGUUAAAUAAUCAAUAAACAUGGUCAAGAUCGUUAUCGCAGGUGGUUCCGGCAACAUCGGCCAGGAACUCACCGAUGUCCUUGUUGCCUCGAAGAAGCACGAAGUCGUCAUCCUGUCUCGAAAGGACGCUCCGGCCGGAACAUCUGGCGUAACCUGGGUCAAGACCGACUACAGCGACACCCAGCAACUCACCACCAUCCUACAAGGCGUGCACACCGUGCUCUCAUUCAUCAUCGAGCAGGACGUCGAAAGCCCCAACCAGAAACGUCUCAUCGACGCGUCAAUCAAAGCAGGCGUGAAGCGAUUCGCUCCUAGCGAGUGGGCAGCAACAACAUUCGAGCAUCUCCCCUGGUACGCCUACAAAGCCACCAUCCGGUCCUACCUCGCCGACCUGAACAAGGACAAGAAAGUGCUGGAAUACACCCUGUUCCACAUGGGCCUGAUCACCAACUACCUCACCCGCCCUUAUGCGUCCUCCAAGCAUCUCCACCAAGUCGAAUUCCCCAUCGACCUGUACAACCGCCGGGCGAUCAUCGCCGAGGGCGCGGAAGACGCCGAACUCACACUCACAACAGUGCAGGACGUUGCAGCCGUCGUCACGCGCGCAAUCGAGUACGAGGGCGAGUGGCCGGUCGUCAGCGGUUUGCAGGGCGACGUGCUUACACUGGGCGAGCUGAUUGCCCUGGGCGAGAAGGUCCGGGGUGGGAAGUUCGAGGUGGAGUCGUUCAGCAAGGCGGAUAUGGUGGCUGGGACUUGGGAGGCAUCAUGGGUGCCUAAGAUGGACCACCCUUCUAUUCCUCCUGAGCAGGUUGAGACGAUGUCGAAGAUCGGGGCGGCGGGGAUUUCGCUGGGUUUGUUGAAGGGAUCGUUUAGGGCUUCGGAUGAGUGGAAUCGCAUCCUGCCGGAGUUUCGGUUUGCGAAGGCGGGGGAGUUUUUGGAAGAAGCCUGGAGGGGGAAGGCCUAG